GGGCUAAGAGCGAGAGAAAGUGAACUUCGUUUCCCGAAAAUCUUGAUCCCGAAAGUACCCGUCGUACCGGAGAGGAUCAUCUUCCUCCAGCCCCCUCUCCGUCUCUGGUUGCAGAAAAUGGAGCUGUGGUCUCUCCAACCGAAGGGAACGAGCGGGGGGAUUCUUGUGAAGAAGGCGGCGGUUCCCUGCGUUGGAAGGAACGGAGGGUUCGGGGGCCCUGAGGGGAGCAGCGGACGGAUGCGGCUGGUGAGGGUGUCGCCGUCGAAGCGACCGGUUUUGCCCUCACUAGCCACGGCGGAUUGGCGGCGGACAGCCGAUCGUCUUCGUGCCUCGUCCCCAGGGAGCAGUAGUCAGUCUAUUCCUGAAGAAGAGGAUGGUCCAGAAGGAAGAAGCAACAAAAAUUCUGAUGGCAUGCAGUCAAAGGAGAGACCAAACAAGCAAUCCAACAAAGAAUCAAAUGUGUCACAACAUGUUGCCACUGACUGGAGAACCUUCAGAGCAAACCUUGUGGCUCAAGAACAGGUUCAGCUGCUGGAUGUGGACGUUAAUCAUCAGGAAUCACAUUCUUCCAGAUUGGUCGGCCCAAAGUGGGCACAUCCUAUACCCUCUCCUGAAGCUGGUUGUGUCCUAGUUGCAACAGAGAAGCUAGAUGAUACACGCAGUUUUGAGAGGACCGUAGUCCUUCUCCUCAGAGUAGGAACAAGAGAUCCUAAAGAAGGACCAUUUGGAGUUGUUAUCAAUCGUCCACUUCGGAAAACAAUCAGGGACAUGAAACCAUCUAAUCCCAAGCUUGCAACCACAUUUGCAAACUGUUCACUGCACUUUGGCGGUCCACUCCACACAAGCAUGUUCCUGGUGACCUCUGGCAGUAAGUCCCUCCCGGGCUUUGAACCCGUCAUUCCAGGUUUAUGUUUUGGUGCACGUAAUAACCUGGAUGAGGCUGCAGAACUUGUAAAGAAGGGGUUGCUAAAACCUGAGGAUUUCAGGUUCUUUAUUGGUUACUCUGGGUGGCAACUGGAUCAGUUGAUGGAGGAGAUCGAGCUGAAUUAUUGGUACGUUGCUGCAUGCAGUGCAAAUUUGUUAACCGGACCAGUGGAUUCUUUAUCAAGCCUGUGGGAAGAUGUACUGCAACUGAUGGGUGGCCACUACUCUGAAUUGAGCAGAAAACCCCGGCAGGACAGUACAUGAUACAUGGGCCUCUUGGGAGGUGCACUGUGCCAUGAUGCUCAAUGUACAUAUCAUCCAUGUCUAAAUGUUAGCGCCUGCUACAGGUGCUGUUUUCUAUUUCAGAAUAAGUUAACCUUUGAAGAGGGCAGGAAGUACACGAGGGUGCUGAGUAAUAUAAGAUGUCCAAGGGAUAUAAAUGAACAUUUGAUGUGGCGAUUGCAGCUCUAUUUUUAAUUGGUAAAUUCUCAUUA